AUGUGCUGUGCCAUGCCAUCCUUUAAUUUUAAUUUAAUAAUAAUUUACUAUUUUAAUAAGUUUCUCUACUGCCCUCUGCUGAUAGUGAAUCCUACUUCCAGAGUGGCACUGUGCAAUAAUAGAUACAUAUCGGUAGCAUCAGCCAUUAAAAUAAGUGACCCAUAAUUGCUUCCUAUGGGUUUAUAGAUAAUUACUGCUUUGAUAUAAUGUUUAUAUACACAGAGCUGCUAUACAUUGCAACAGCUCAAAUAACAAAUAAAUGAAAAGAUAGUACAAUUAUCAUAAGCUACUGUUUAACAUAUCGUGUUACAAUCAAAGCAGAUCCUGAACAGAAACAGGUUGGUGUGGCUUUCACACCCAGGCUGUUAAUUCCCUUUUAUUGACUUCAUAAAGUUGUAAUUACUACAGACCUUCAAGCCUCCUGCACUGGCAGAAAAAGCUGCUCGUGGUAACAGCAGGUGAAAACACAGCUGUUAAUGAGAACUAUUUAUCCCAACUGCUUGAUUUGGGGAACCCUGCAAUAACACAAGGAAAACUAAAGGCGUAAAAUAUACUAAUGUAUGGCCUCAACAUUAUACACAAACAUUCUCAUAAAGCUCAAGAGCAACCGGCCCUCGAACAGACAUCUUGGCAGCAAUACAAGUUCUACUGUAUAUAUUUUGCACACAUUCAUGAUCACAGAAAUGCUCACAACGAGCUUUACAUGCUAACACUAACAUCACUGAAUAAAGUCAGAAAGAGUGCUUACAAGGUUUCUAAAAUCAAACCAGGCUGCCCGCUAAGAACUGCAAGGGGCUUUUGUUGCCAGGGAGGUUUAUAAUUAUCCACCAUUUAAAAAAGGAAGCAGCCUCCAGAGGCAGAUCUGCGGACUGGCUGUCGACGACGUCCCUGACCAAGGAGAAAAGAGCUGACGACCUGAGAGAGGAGAAAAGAGACCGAAGCUGAAAAAUGUCGUCUCUUAAGGAGCUCUGCGCCUAUGAAACACCAUCCGUUGCUGAACUGCAGGACUUCCUGUUGGCUGACAGGCACCCCACUGGACAUGUCAACCAAGUGUGGCCCAAUGUGUACAUUGGCAACGAAGUUGCAGCCCGUGACAAGCCACUGCUGUACAGUAUGGGGAUCACCCACAUAGUCAAUGCAGCCAGCGGCCCCCCUCAUGUAAACACCGGACCUCGCUUCUACAGAGACAUGGCUGUAGAUUAUUAUGGGGUGGAGGCCGAUGAUUCCACAGACUUCAUCAUAAGCAUUUUCUUCUACCCAACAGCAAGAUUUAUACAUGCUGCGUUGUCCAAUAAAGGGAAAGUGUUUGUGCAUUGCUUGAUGGGAGCCAGCCGCUCGGCUACGCUCGUCUUGGCCUUUCUUAUGAUCUGCGAACAGUUGACCUUAUGGGAGGCAGCACGAGUUGUUCGCCAACACAGAGACAUUUGCCCCAACCCUGGCUUCCUCAAUCAGCUCCGUCACCUCGACAUGAGCCUCGUGCGAGAAAGGAAGAGGAAGCUUGAAGCUUUCAAGCUAUGAAAAAAAAAUCGACAAUUCAACAAUCUGACAAAAUCUAUUUCAAAAGUAUGUACCCUCCAGCUUUCAGGCCUCAUGUUUUGAUCCAUGGCAACAACUCAUUUACUCAUUUACCAAUAUUCCUUUCAUGACGGUAGCAAAGUGGAUAUAGGAGGGACAAUUGAAGCCUUUGCCCAUAAAUAGUUAUUAACUUCCAAAGACUGCAGGGUUGCAAAAUAAAUGGCAGGUUUGUUUUAAUUCCUUCCAGAUGGCACGUGCUUUGAACUUGUUCCAAAAGGAGCCUAUGAGCCUGUGUUGUUUUUUUUUAAACUCUUGUGAAAUGAGAUGGUUGUGGCCUGCGUUUUAUCGUAUGAAGGUGGAACAGGAGAAACAUGCAUGGCUGGAUGUCUUGAAGUUCUGAUCCCCUGCAGAGACUCUCUAAUGGGUAUCAUAUGCUCUAAUAUGUUUAUAGGUUCCACACAAAACAAUGUGAUCUGAGCCAUUGAUUUUAGCUAUGUACUGGGUAAAAAAAAAAAAAGCUUGCUGUCUGAAUGAAUGCAUUAAUAAAAUAGAUUAUAUACAUU